AUCGAUGUUUAAAUAUGUGAGAAACAGUUGCGGUCCGCCGGGCGUUCCCGAAGGGGCCGACAUUUACGGUCAGUCGGCCACUGCUAACGAGGGACAGGUCGUCAACUAUGAAUGCAAAGACCACUUAAAGCAAGUGUAUAGCAAAGUGAGGACCUGUUGGAAAGGCAGAUGGACUCCGAGAUCUCCCAAAUGUCGCUGAGGGAAAGCUCUAAUCUAUUUGUAACUAAUUAUAAAAUAAAAUCCAUUGAUUUGAAUACAACAAAAUCAAGAGAUGUUUUCAAUCAGACAUUCGCUAAUCUGAGUGCCA